GGCCUAUCCCAAUCUCACUCCAAUUUGCGCAUUUGUCGAUCGAUCGGCAAACAGUUGUUCGUCGAAGUAGGAGUGAAUGUUCCCAAGUUUUCCACCAAUUUUUUGAUAUAUUAAAAUUGAAAAAUGUCGCAAGUGAGGCAGAAUUUCCACAAGGACUGUGAAGAUGCUAUCAACAAACAAAUCAAUGUGGAGCUGAGUGCUAGUUAUGUCUAUAUGACCAUGGCCUAUCACUUCCAUAGAGAUGAUGUAGCUUUGAUGGGAUUCCAUAAGUACUUCAAAGAAUGUUCAGAGGAAGAACGCGAGCAUGCCACCCGUUUAAUGGAGUAUAUGAACAAGCGAGGAGGAAAAAUUGUCUUGAGCGAAAUCAAAGCUCCAGAAAAGCAGGAGUGGACAUCUCCAGUUGAAGCAAUGGUCGAUGCUCUUAAUCUAGAAAAAGAAGUUAAUGAGAGCCUGUUACACUUGCACAACGUUGGUUCCGGUCACAUGGACAUUAACUUAUGUGAUUUCCUGGAAACGCACUAUUUGCAGGAGCAAGUGGAUGCUAUUAAGGAAAUAGGGGACCACAUUACGAAUCUGAAGAGGGUCGGAGAGGGUCUUGGCGUGUACAUGUUCGAUCAAAGAUUAGACAAGGAAGCUGCUUCUAAUUAGAACCAACUGAAAUAUUUAGUAACCACAAAUAAUACUUAUUGGAAAAGCGGAUGUAUUCUUUUGCUAUUCAUUGUUUUUUUGAAUAUUGAUUAGAAGGGAUAACUACGUACUUAAUUUUGAAUAUUUUAUAUUAAUUUUCUUCGAUAUUAGUGAUUUUCGUACAAGUAUGUUGUAUCAAUUUUUAUCUUAUUUGUUCAAUAACAAAACAUUAAGUCUAAAGCAAUUCAGUUGUUUUUUAGUUUCCUUUCAAAAUACAAUACUGAUUACCGUUACUAUUUUAUAUACUCUUAUACCAGUUUUUUGAAAGGUAAAAGCAUUUUCAUCCGCCUCUUUAAUUAAAGUUAGACAGAGAAACUGCAAUUGUAAGAAUAAUCAAACUAUUGAAGUGAACUGAAAAGUACUGCACAAUUUUAAAAUUCACUUGUAAUUUUAGAUUUUCUUAUGUCAAUUGGCGUAUGGCAUAUGAUAACUGGAAUAUAACGACUGGUUUUAUAUAAUAUUAUUUAGUUUGAUUUCUUUGUACAAGGUAAACAACAAAUGACAGAUUUUAUAUUGACGUAGCACAUUAUUAUAACUUUUUUUUUCUUUAAUAUCUAGCAGCCAUUUGUGACUUAUUAUUGACUGAUAUAUUUGUGAUCAUAUGUGCAUAGGUACACAUAUGCCUCUGUCUAGCUUUAAUUAAAGUAUGUUUAUUUAUAUAGAGGAAACUAUACAAUUGGUAUCAAACUCAUAUAACAAAUUGUCAAUUAGGAAUAUUGUUUUAAUGGCAUAUAUUACAACGUGAUAUAUAACUUUAUAUAGAUAGGCUUAAUAUAUUGUAUAAUAAAGAUUUUCAUUUCUCA